AUGCCGGCCGUGUCUCAGAGCGAUGGGAUGCAGGGGCUCGCGGUGUUCAUCUCCGACAUCCGGAACUGUGAGUGCGAGGAGGCAGAGAUUAAGAGAAUCAACAAGGAACGGGCCAACAUCCGUUCCAAGUUCAAAGAGGACAAAGCUUUGGAUGGCUACAGUAAGAAAAAAUAUGUGUGUAAACCGCUCUUCAUCUUCCUCCUUGGCCAUGACAGCGACUUUGGGCAUAUGGAGGCCGUGAACCUGCUUAGCUCCAGUAAGUUCACAGAGAAGCAGGUAGGUAACCUGUUCAUCUCUGUGCUGGUCAACUCGAACUCUGAGUUGAUCCGACUUAUCGACAACGCUAUCAAGAACGACCUAGCCAGCCGCAACCCCACCUUCAUGUGCCUGGCCCUGCACUGCAUCGCCAACGUGGGCAGCCGCGAGGUGGGCGAGGCCUUUGCUGCCGACAUCCCCUGCAUCCUGGUGGCUGGGGACAGCAUGGACAGCGUGAAGCAGAGGCGGCUCUACAAGGCCUCACCUGACCUGGUGCCCAUGGGCGAGUGGACAGCCCGUGUGGUGCACCUGCUCAAUGACCAGCACAUGGGUGUGGUCACGGCUGCCGUCAGCCUCAUCACCUGUCUCUGCAAGAAGAACCCAGACGACUUCAAGACGUGCAUCUCCCUGGCUGUGUCUCGCCUAAGCCGGAUUGUCUCCUCUGCCUCUACUGGCCUUCAGGACUACCCCUACUACUUUGUCCCAGCACCCUGGCUUUCAGCGAAGCUCCUGUGACUGUUACAGUGCUAUCCCCCACCAGAGGACGCGGCUGUGAAGGGGCGGCUGGUGGAAUGUCUAGAGACCGUGCUCAACAAGGCCCAGGAGCCACCCAAGUCCAAGAAGGUGCAGCACUCUAAUGCCAAGAAUGCCGUCCUCUUCGAGACUAUCAGCCUCAUCAUCCACUAUGACAGUGAGCCCAACCUCCUGGUACGGGCCUGCAACCAGCUAGGUCAGUUCCUGCAGCACUGGGAGACCAACCUGCGCUACCUGGCCCUGGAGAGUAUGUGCGCCCUGGCCCGGGAUGUCAGUGUGAGGCAGCGGGCAGCCGACCUCCUUUAUGCCAUGUGCGACCAGAGCAACACCAAGCAGAUCGUGUCUGAGGUGCUGCGGUACCUGGAGACAGCUGACUAUGCCAUCCGUGAAGAGAUUGUCCUGAAGGUGGCCAUCCUGGCAGAGAAGUACGCAGUGGGCUACAGCUGGUACGUGGACGCUAUCCUCAACCUCAUCCGCAUUGCGGGCGACUACGUGAGUGAGGAGGUGUGGCACCAUGUGCUGCAGAUUGUCACCAACCGUGAUGAUGUCCAGGGCUAUGCUGCCAAGACUGUCUUUGAGGCACUCCGGGCCCCAGCCUGUCAUGAGAGCAUGGUGAAGGUCGGCGGCUACAUCCUUGGGGAAUUUGGGAACCUGAUUGCUGGGGAUCCCCGCUCCAGCCCCCCGGUGCAGUUCUCCCUGCUGCACUCCAAGUUCCACCUGUGCAGUGUGGCAACACGGGCCCUGCUGCUGUCCACCUACAUCAAGUUCAUCAACCUCUUCCCUGAGACAAAGGCCACCAUCCAGGGUGUGCUGCGGGCCGGCUCCCGGCUGCGCAAUGCCGACGUUGAGCUGCAGCAGCGUGCUGUCGAGUACCUCACCCUCAGCUCAGUGGCCAGCACGGAUGUCCUGGCCACAGUGCUGGAGGAGAUGCCACCCUUCCCGGAGCGUGAGUCAUCCAUCCUGGCCAAGCUGAAAUGUAAGAAGGGGCCUGGGGCUGGCAGCGCCCUAGAUGAUGGCCAGAGGGAUCCCAGCAGCAAUGACAUCAAUGGGGGUGUGGAGCCCACCCCCAGCACCGUGUCUACACCCUCGCCUUCUGCUGACCUUCUGGGGCUGCGGGCAGCCCCUCCCCCAGUAGCACCCCCAGCGGCUGCAGGUGCGGGAAACCUUCUGGUGGAUGUCUUCUCUGAUGGCCCGGCUGCCCAGCCCAGCCUGGGGCCCACCCCGGAGGAGGCCUUCCUCAGAACUUUGUNAGUGCUGGAGGAGAUGCCACCCUUCCCAGAGCGUGAGUCAUCCAUCCUGGCCAAGCUGAAACGUAAGAAGGGGCCUGGGGCUGGCAGCGCCCUAGAUGAUGGCCGGAGGGAUCCCAGCAGCAAUGACAUCAACGGGGGUGUGGAGCCCACCCCCAGCACCGUGUCUACACCCUCGCCUUCUGCUGACCUUCUGGGGCUGCGGUCAGCCCCUCCCCCAGUAGCACCCCCAGCGGCUGCAGGUGCGGGAAACCUUCUGGUGGAUGUCUUCUCUGAUGGCCCGGCUGCCCAGCCCAGCCUGGGGCCCACCCCGGAGGAGGCCUUCCUCAGCCCAGGUGCUGAGGACAUCAGCCCGCCCAUCCCAGAAGCCGAUGAGCUGCUGAAUAAGUUUGUGUGCAAGAACAAUGGGGUCCUAUUUGAGAACCAGCUGCUGCAGAUUGGAGUCAAGUCAGCGUUCCAGCAGAAUCUGGGCCGCAUGUAUCUUUUCUAUGGCAACAAGACCUCGGUGCAAUUCCAGAACUUCUCACCCACUGUCAUCCACCAGGGAGAACUCCAGACUCAGCUGGCUGUGCAGACAAAACGCGUGGCGGCACAGGUGGACGGCGUGCAGGUGCAGCAGGUGCUCAACAGCGAGUGUCUGCGGGACUUCCUGACGCCCCCGCUGCUGUCAGUGCGCUUCCGGUACGGUGGCGCCCCCCAGGCCCUUACCCUGAAGCUCCCGGUGACCGUCAACAAGUUUUUCCAGCCGACAGAGAUGACAGCCCAGGACUUCUUCCAGCGUUGGAAGCAGCUGAGCCUCCCUCAACAGGAGGCACAGAAAAUCUUCAAAGCCAACCACCCCAUGGACGCAGAAGUUACUAAGGCCAAGCUUUUGGGGUUUGGCUCUGCUCUCCUGGACAAUGUGGAUCCCAACCCUGAGAACUUUGUAGGGGCUGGAAUCAUCCAAACUAAAGCUCUGCAGGUGGGCUGUCUGCUCCAGCUGGAGCCCAACGCCCAGGCUCAAAUGUAUUGGUUGACCCUGCGCACCAGCAAAGAGACCGUCUCCCGUCACCUGUGUGAGCUGCUGGCCCAGCAGUUCUGAGCCCUGGACUCU